CUUUCUCUCUCUGCAUUUCCUCGUUUGAAUACAGAACAAUUUUAAAGAAAAGCUUAAGAUGGCUUUUCAAUAUUAAUGAAGUAAUUAUGCAGAAACUUCUGUUGAAGGAAUUUGAGAUUUGUGGAGAAUGCUGGAUGAUUGAGUUGCUCGUGUAGUAGAACAAAAAGGGCUACAAAGAUUGGGUGAAUAUGGAACUUUGUAAUUGCAUUGAGCCACUGUGGCCGGCGGACGAGUUGUUGAUGAAGUACCAGUACAUAUCGGACUUUUUCAUUGCUUUGGCUUACUUUUCGAUCCCUUUGGAGUUAAUUUACUUUGUUAAGAAGUCGGCAGUGUUUCCUUAUAGAUGGGUUCUUGUUCAAUUUGGUGCAUUCAUUGUCCUCUGCGGGGCAACCCAUUUAAUUAAUUUAUGGACAUUUUCGAUGCACACGAGGACUGUUGCAGUUGUGAUGACGACUGCCAAGAUUUUGACUGCUGUAGUAUCUUGUGCAACAGCGCUUAUGCUGGUACAUAUUAUUCCUGAUCUAUUAAGUGUAAAAACAAGGGAGUUAUUCUUGAGAAAUAAGGCUGCCGAGCUGGAUAGAGAAGUGGGAUUGAUUCGUACACAGGAAGAGACCGGUAGGCAUGUCAGAAUGCUGACUCAUGAAAUCAGGAGCACUCUCGAUAGGCACACCAUUCUAAAAACUACCCUUGUUGAACUCGGGAGGACGUUAGGCUUAGAAGAGUGUGCGUUGUGGAUGCCGACUAGGACUGGAUUGGAGCUGCAACUUUCCUACACUCUUCGCCACCCGAAUCCAGUUGAAUUCACUGUACCUAUACAGCUUCCUGUAAUCAAUCAGGUUUUCAGCACUAGCCAUGUGGUAAAGAUCUCUCCAAAUGCACCUAUUGCCCGACUUCGACCCACUGGAAAAUACAUGCCAGGGGACGUCGUUGCUGUUCGUGUGCCGCUUUUGCAUCUCUCUAAUUUUCAGAUUCAUGAUUGGCCCGAGCUCUCAACUAAACGUUAUGCAUUGAUGGUUUUGAUGCUCCCUUCGGACAGUGCAAGACAGUGGCACGUACAUGAGCUUGAACUGGUUGAAGUGGUGGCAGAUCAGGUAGCCGUUGCUCUUUCACAUGCUGCAAUUCUUGAGGAGUCAAUGAGGGCAAGGGAUCUCCUCAUGGAACAAAAUGUUGCCCUUGAUCUAGCAAGACGAGAGGCAGAAACAGCCGUUCGAGCUCGUAAUGAUUUCUUAGCUGUCAUGAAUCAUGAAAUGAGAACCCCAAUGCAUGCAAUAAUUGCUCUGUCGUCAUUAUUACAAGAAACUGAUCUGACGCCGGAGCAACGUAUUAUGGUUGAAACCAUACUCAAAAGUAGCAACCUUUUGGCAACUCUUAUCAACGAUGUCUUGGACCUUUCUAGGCUUGAAGAUGGUAGCCUUCAACUUGAAGCCGAAACUUUUAACCUUCAUUCCCUUCUAAGAGAGGCUCUUACAUUGAUAAAACCCAUAGCUUCUGUAAAGAAGCUAUAUGUUACAUUGAGUUUGUCUCCCGAUUUACCAGAGUACGCCGUUGGUGAUGAAAAGCGGCUAAUGCAAAUUCUUCUCAAUGUUGUUGGAAAUGCUGUAAAGUUCACCAGAGAAGGCGGCGCCUCAAUAACUGCUCAUGUAGCUAAGCCGGACUCUUUGAGAGAUCCUCGAGCUCUCGAUUUUUUCCCAAUACUGAGUGAUAAUCACUUUUAUUUACGCAUAGAGGUAAGAGAUACUGGUGUAGGAAUCAACCCGCCGGAUAUUGCAAAGAUAUUUAUGAAAUUUGUGCAUAGCCAGCCGCUAGCUGCGAAAAAUUCCGGUGGGAGUGGUCUUGGUCUUGCAAUUUGUAAAAGAUUUGUAAAUCUUAUGGGAGGGCAGAUUUGGAUUGACAGCGAAGGUCUUGGCAGGGGUUCCACGGCUAUAUUUAUUGUUAAACUCGGAAUCCCUAGUAGGUCAAAUGAGCCAAAGCUUGCAUUUGUCCAUAAAGGUUCGGGUAAUCUUGUUAACCCAAAUCUUUCCGGGCUGAAAGUGGUUGUUUUGGAUGAAAACAGUGUUGGUCGUAUGGUAACAAAGGGCCUCCUUUCGCACCUCGGAUGUGAUGUAUUGGCAGUUGCUCAUGGUGACGAGUGCGUCCGAGCAGUCACCCACGAGCACAGAGUGGUGUUCCUCGAUGUAAGCAUCCCCGACAUCGAUACUUUUGAAGUUGCUGUACGUAUAGGCCAGAAAUUCUUAAAUCGGGACAAGCCCAUAAUCAUCGCCCUAACCGGGAAUACUGACAGAGCGACAAAAGACAAUUGCUUGAGGGUGGGUAUGGAUGCAGUGAUACUAAAGCCGAUUUCAUUGGAUAAAAUGAGAAGCAUUCUAUCCGAUAUAUCCGAGCAUGGAUUUCUCGCGCAAUCUCAAUAAACCGAAUCGAAUUUUAAAGACGGAGAAGCGUCUGGCUGCCGGCAAUAAGGUGAAUAAUAAUCUCUGUAGUAUAGCAUACAUUUAGAUCAAAAUCAUAGGGUGAAGUCUAGAGCUGUAGGAAAGUAGUUAUUUCGUUAAGCAGGGGGGAGAGAGAGAAGGGAGAAAGGUGUUUGAAUUAACUUUAUUGUAAUGACACUUUUAAAUUUAAAAAGUUUGAUCUGUGCUUUAGUAAGAAGGAUUGGUGUUAAAAAUGGA